ACUUCAGACACGCCGUGUCCUCCGCGUGGUCCACAUCAUCCUGUCCUGACCGCCUCCCUUUCUCUCUCUCUCUUUCUCUGUCUCUCUCUCUCUUUUUCUCUUUCUCACCUCCUCGCGUCCCUCCUCUCCUUCACUGACGCGCGCGCGCGCGAGCGCGUAAUAUAUCUCGCCGCGCUGCUCGCGCGCCCUUGCCGCGUUGGUACCUGUGUGCUCGUACCCGCGCUCCCGCCUGCCUUCUACCUCGUCGACGCUCCUCGUCCUUCUCUUCGAGCGCGUUCGCCGAGUGGCCGACCGCGCGAGUCGUCCACUGCGAGUUUGCCCUCGCGUCGCGCGGACCCUGCCACUCCGCCGGCUACCAGGAGUAGCUACACGUGCCCUGGCUGCCGCUCGGCUGUGAAGUGAGAACACCGAUCCGAUCACGAGAAGGGCAGGAGGAAGUCGAGGAAUCGCGAGCGACAAGAUCGCGGCUUCCGACAGGGGCAGCAGAGCCAAAUCUUCCCUUCGAGAACUUGGAAGUUGAAUGCGUGGUUGUCAGUGAGCUCGACCAGUGGAAGUGGAGCAGCGACGGAAUUGAAGCGUCAUCGAGAGGGUGCUCCCUCUCCUUUUGAUCUCGGCGUUUCGUUGACGAUCAGUGUCAGCAUUAGAGGCGUUCGGUUCACGAAAAAGACGAGAUUCAUCAACGGGACUCUUGUAAUGGGAUUGUCCUGGCAAGAAGAUCAGAACAUUGCGAUCCGCGCGGACAGUCACGAGUGCGAGCUUCUCGAUCAGACAGUUAAGGCUCGUUGGACCCUACGACUGAUCGGACGUUCAUGAAGGUGUCAAGCAGCACGUGCGUUCGAUGAUAGUUGCCACAACUCGUAGCAGAAGAACGGCCACCUCGUGACUCCAUCAAGGAUAGGCGACCGCGCGUUUCCGCGUGACUAUUAGACCGGAAUAAAAAUAGGGGAGCGAAGAGCGGCGCGCGCACGGAAGGAAACACCGAGAUAAAGAGCAGAUCAUCGGUUCGCGCAGCGGAAGGUGGUCGUUGGGAGAAACCUUCCCGUCGUCGUCUGACGCGUGCCCGUAGGUGGACUAUUAUACAGUCAGCCUCUCUCCCCCUCUCUUUCUCUCGCUGUGUCUCCGUCUCCUUCCGUCUUUCCGGCUUUCGUGUCACAUCCACGUCUCAUUGCCGUGAAAGCGAAGUCACUUCCUGCGUGAGUCGAGCGCGCGCGCGCGCGACGCGUGCACUCCUCGGGACGAAACGUCUCGCCAGGACACGAGGUGCAGCAACGUAACGUUGUGCACGAUGGUGGCGAACUGACUCCAGAACGGAAGAACGGCGGACCAAGAGCACGACGAAACGCAGGACGCUUCUUCGGGUCCGUUUCCGGAAGGGUAGAGAGCGGAUACCGGACUCGGAGACUCUCUCAGAAGAUACGCGAGUCAACCGGAACAAAAUCAACAGAUACGGCAUCGUGAUCGUCCGUCAUCAUGCCGCAUACUGGACAAGCCGGGGUGAAUCAAUUAGGCGGCGUCUUUGUGAACGGCAGGCCGUUGCCGGACUGCGUGCGCCAGAGAAUCGUGCAGCUCGCCAUGGUCGGCGUCAGGCCGUGCGACAUUUCGCGUCAGCUACUCGUGUCCCACGGCUGCGUCUCCAAGAUACUCACAAGAUUCUACGAGACAGGAAGCAUUCGGCCCGGCAGCAUUGGUGGAAGUAAGACGAAGGUAAAACCUCGUCGCUGCUCGCAACUUACGCAAGUAGCUACGCCCACGGUGGUGAAGAAGAUUUUACGGAUGAAGCAGGAGCAACCGACGAUGUUCGCCUGGGAGAUCCGCGAACAGCUUGCGCGACAGGGUGCCUGUGAUCCCCAGAGCUUACCCUCUGUAUCAUCAGUCAAUCGCAUCCUCAGAGGUGGCGGGCUUCACACCGAUAUUCCCGCUAUCGAGAGCGGCACAUCCGGCGGAUACGCGUCGCAAAUUCCAUCGAACGCUGGCACCAGAGAUGCGCUGAUGAGAACGGAUUAUCAGCUAUUCUAUCCGGGAGCGUUGGGUCCACUCCACAUUUCUACUAACACCGGCAAUACUAACACUCCGUCUUGGAAUCAGAGCUUUUAUUCGUCCCUUUAUCAAGCGACGACGUUGCACUUGCAACAUGGAAUGCAUUCGUUUGCACCUUUAGAUGCCGAACGUCUUUCGGAACAAAAUGGCACGCAGAAUCAAUUGGAGCUGAAGUCGAGCUCGAGCUCGACCGCCGGCAGCGACGACUCGCUGGACAAGAGUGAUCUGGACGAGAACCUGGUUGAGUCGCAGGACCAUUACAAGUCCUUCCGAAGUACGCCAAUCAUUCUGGAACUCAGCCAGAAGAUCGGCAGCGAUCGGAGCGCGUUUGUCAGGCACGGCACGCCGAAUUCGCACAAUGCCGCACACAAUUUGGACAACUCGCGAGAGAGCCCGUUGUCGAUCGUCGAGACGAUGUCGAAGCAAGAUCCACCGACGUCGCACAGGCAUGUCGAGCCAAAAAACGUAAGUCCAGGCACGACGAUGACGACAAACGAAGGAGUGGCGGUGGAGAAUCAGCCGCCGCAACCGCAGAAAAAGAAGAAUCCCUACUCGAUAGAGGAACUGUUGAAGAAGGACGAGAGCAAGUCCGCGCCCAGAAGGCCGAAAUUGCCCAAUAUUGGCGUGGUGCAACCCUGCGGGAUUAUCGUCAACAAGGAUAUUUAAACGCUACGCGGGGGGGGGGGGGGAUGAAUCGGAAGAAAUGAAUUGGACAAGCGAAGGAUGUAAAAAUCGGACAAAAUCCGUUCUGCGUUUAUGCGAGGCGAAAACUCUGUAGAGUCACAUCGAGAUUCAUUGGAUCGCGAAUCCUCGCGCUCGGUCGGACAUUAUACAGCGUGAUUACGGUACAUCAUCGGGAAUGUAGGUAUGCACGUGUGUGUUAACAACAGGUGCAAAGAGAAAAAUAACUGGCAGCGAUGCAAAGUGCGUGAGUCAAUGAAUAAUUUACGCAUAUGCGUUGUCUCGGAUAUGCCUCGAGACGUAACACUCGGAAGUAAUUUCUUUGCACCUGCGACGAAGUAGCUCUUGUGGAUGCAGUGAGAGUAGCGAGUGUCCUUAGAUGUCUAAUUUAGAAAUAAUCGAUUAUAAAUAUAGGAGUUUUUGAUAGAAGAAGAGAUUAGGGGGAUGGAUGGGUCGAAGCUUUUCCCACUCCACCUCCGUGAGAGAACGUGGCUGUUUUGCGAAGUAAAGUAUAACGGUAUGCGAGGACAUACGUAAUGUUACGAUCACUGAUAUACUGCUCGAUUACUGCAACGUAGUGAAGAAGUACAUGUAACCCUUGUGUAUAAGUAAGUUAACUCAUAAUUAAAUUAUUUUCCGUUUCUUGCGUUCCGCGUUGCUUAUCCUGACCGCCGUUUCUUGUGCCGGCUCGCCCGAGUGUUGAUCGCUCCGAGGAUUGAAGACCCUGCUUAACUGUAUCUGCGGCGUACCGCUAAUUAUGGCCAGCAAGAAACGCUUGGAAAUCAGCGGCAGAGGUUUUCCACUACUUUCACUGAUCUGCCUUGGAUGGCUGGUCGAAUCGCUGGCGAUGAAAUAUCAAUUAACGUCGCCGGUCCUGGCCGCGCGCAGUCACCACAUAACGUAAAGCAAUAUAAUUCAGAAUUUCCAGGCCGCAAGGAUACUCAUUUGCGCAUUCCUUCCAAAGAACCAACCGAGACGUGAUUUUGUGCCGGCGUAAUAAUCACACCAAGACAGCGCGAGAAAACGACACGCAAAACAUGCCUAAUAAAAGUGAAGAAUAAAAAGAUUAUCUGGCUUUGUUGCGUCACUAAACGGCCGGCUAAAUUUUCGAUAGAUCUUUCGCAAUGUCGUUCGAAAAAGAUUGCCGCUCCGAGAGUCGUCUUGAGAAGAGAACGUCGCGCGAAACGGGCCGAUUGUACAACGUCCGCGUUCGCACUUUAGAGCUCGAUGAAAUAGCCGCGCGCGGUGCCGUUACACGCCGUGUGGAGAUCGGGCAAUUAAAUGAAAGCCUAAUAAACAAAUGGCUGUAAAGCGCGCGGAUGGAAUAUACACGUAAGCUGCAUGACGGCGACGGUGAUGGUGGCGGGGCGGCGCAGUAAAGCCAUAAACGGAUCGGUCGAGGGUGUCAUACGUGGACACGCCGUGUGUAUACCUUGUAAAAUACGACGUUACGUCGCUCGCGUGAAAAAAAGGGAAUUAAUAGCGACGUUACUGAGCGGCCAGUAGGGCCUUCUCCCUCCUCUUUCUUCCUCUUUGCAUUUACAACGUUGUAAACCUUUGUAUCUCAUUCCUCAUCGCGGACUAAUUAAUGCACUAUAAAACGCUGGUGCUUUAAUGUCGUACGAUUUGCUCGUUUUUACUCUCUCGCGCCUGCCGAUUGCGAAGCUCACAGGCUAUUUCGGGGUGACGUCUCGAUCUGCGAGAGCCGCGAGAGAAACGCGCGAGAUCUCGCUUCUCACGCGGCAUCUCGCACUUCCCUUUAUUUGAGGAUUCGUUUUAUUGGAAGAAAAUUCCUUCUACGAAAAACGCACUGCGUCGCAGUCUAAGACUCUGCGGAUGAAGGGAAAUGCGAGGUAUCUGCAGGCGGUCCGUUCUAUACGUAUUACGCCCGCUGUCUUAUAAACGGAAGCUAUCGCCACGCUCAAACUCCCCUUUUAUUUGCCAUACACUGAGAUUAUUAGAUCCUUAAGAUGAGUGUGAAACACGCCCCGAGAGAAGGAGACCCGUUACUCGUGUAGGCGUACGUCUGAAAAUAUUUAUUUUAGAUUUAGGCGAUGCGAAGUGAACGUUCUGUGCGUCGAAAUACACGCGCGGGAAACACGUGGUGAAAUCUACGAUUCGCGUUAUAUUGACAGAUAUCGAAAAUGAUUUUCUAGACGAGAAGAAGAAGAGAAGACGAUUUUCUUCGACGCGAGAAAGUUUCGAUAAUUACACAGAACGUUCACGUAAAGACCCGAUAAUUAGAAUAAUAGUCCUGUACAAUAAUAAUUGCGUCCGAACAGUCUCUAGUGAGUCUCUAAAUGAUUUCAAGAAAUGAUCUCUCUAAAAUGAUUUCGAGAAAUGAUCUCUCUAAAAUUCGAAAGAAACGGCGAAUAAGUAGAAGUAAGCUGCGAGCAACAGAAAAUAUAAUCGAAACAAAUGGAGAUUCGAAAAAGAUUAUUAAGGAUUCGCUGCAUCUUUGAGUUGUCGCUGCAGACUUACAGAGAUUGUUGCGCAAAUCACGCAAAUUACGAUUAAAUAAUACUCGUAAUAAACUUGUCCUGUACGAUAUCAUUAAAUACACUAGUCAAAAUGAGAUAUAUGUGGCGUGUUUACUUUGUGCAUCUUCAUACUCGACAUGUAUUUUACACCAAUGAUUAUAAGAAAGCGGUACCGAUGCAAAAAUAAGAAAACGCACAUUGUAGCCGAUGCAGCUAUAAUGCAUAAUAUAAAUUAAUAUA